AUUAUUCAUCACUAUGACAUUAACUCUUUUCCCCUAGCAUACAUUCUAUCGUUACAUGACAGGGAUGAAACCCCCUCACAAAACUGAUAAACAAAUACAUGAAAACUUAAGCGGGAGUCCAGGCUGACACUGGUUUCAGCAUGUUUUAGAACACAAAUGGUAAUGUUUUGAAAUUUGACCUCAGGGACAAUCUUGUGUCUCUGGACCAGAUAACUUGUUUGGUUGGUGCCUCCAUGGAGACUGCUUAAGCCAAAACAAGCUUGCUUUGAUUGGUUCUCAAGGCAUGGGUUAAUUAAUGGGUUUCAAAUGAACCAUUGGAUCAUGUCACAAUGCCCUAGUGCCAAUGGCAUUUUUAGUUAGUUCGUACUGACUCCACAUGUUCUAAAUACUAGAUCAUCUCCAGGAUUCUAAAGGAAACUGGAAAAUUUUGUGGUCUUAUCUGGCACUUGGACAAUCUCAAAUGUGGAGAUUAUUAAACAAUGGCAUUAGUGGUUUAAACAAAAGAGUUGCACUGAAACCCAGCUUGAAAUCUAAACCUAAGAAUACAAUUUGAGUUCAUGUUUACCAACCAAAUCACUUUUUUAUUGUUUCCACCAAGCCCCGCUGAGGAAGCUGAAAUGGUGUGCAGAAAGUCAUGCAAGCAUGGUUUGAAUGCUCAGAUUCACGUGCUUUGAAUAUUGCUAAAGGGACUUUAACACCUAAGCCUUUCUACUUUAUUUUUUCCUGUUAUUUCUUCGAAUGCCCCUAUAUGCUACAGCAACUGCUUUGUAACUUUUUAACACUUAUACCUAGAUGAAUGGUAGCAUCGUCGGGCUCCUUUCAGCCAAGGCACACUAGGGGGACUAUUUUUCUGCAGUGGAAGAUCACUGGGGCUGGACAACACAGCAGCGAUCCCAUUCCAGAACCUGCCAUUUAGUAAUCUGGAAAAAAAAUGGUUUAAAAAAUUAUAACUAUUUUUGUUAAAAGUAUACUAUUCUUUUUCUUUAUUUAAGAAUAUAUUAUUAAUUGAUCAUAUUUAUUAAUUUAUUUGUUAUUUAACCCUUUUCUGCUAGCGUGGAAGAGCCAGAGAGCACCCACAGGAGAGACGGUGAACGACUUGCAUAAUUAAUUUUUUUUUUUUUUCCUUUUUUUGCUACGGCAGUUUCAGACUUGCUAAGAGGAAUUUACUUAGGCCGCGCUAUUUUUAAUGCAGUUUUAAUAGGGAUCUUUAGGUUGGGUUUUGUUUCUUUGCUUUCUUGCUUGGGGUUUUGUUUGUUUAUUUGUUUUCCUCGUAGGGACUGAGCCCGUCCCUCGCUCCCGUACGGUCCGCUCCCGGCCGCGCCGCCGCAGUUCUCACCAGCCGCUGACUACAGCUCCCAGGAUCCCUCUGGAAGCGCCGGCCAGCCGGCCGUCCCUCCCUGCCUGCCUCCCUGCUUCCCUGCUUCCAAGACGUUGUUGUCUGAAAGGCUCCGGCAGAGUUUCGGGAGGAGCCGCAGCGCUCAAAGCGGCACUGGGCGGGGGCAGGCGGGGCCGGCCGGGGCGGCACCACCUCUCGGCGCCGGGGCAAAGGGGGCUCGGGGGGAACACGGCGCCGUAAAUUCCAGGGCAAAGCCCUCCCUCACUGGCCGGCAAGGAGUGGAACCAGACCCGGGCCACGGCCCCAGCCUCGGGGCCAGACCCUCGCCCCGCCACUCCCUGCGGAAGGGAAAGCGAGGAAGGGAAGGCAGGAGCGCUGCUGAUCCCCUCCUCCCGGCGGUGGGGGAGGAGGAAGAAGGGGAAGGAGCGGCUGGGGAGCCACGGCGGCCGACGUUGAGGUCGGAGGGGCGGGCGGUAGUAAGCCCCCCGCGGCCCUCCCCAGCAGGGAGGGUCCCGGAGGCGCGGAGGAGGCGCCACCGGCGAGGGGCGGUGGCUGGAUCCUGGAUCCUGGCCCGGGACGCCGAAGUUGCGGCGGGGCGGCGGCUGCCCCUGUCGUGUCUCUCGAUGUCGGUGUAACUCGGCGUCGGCGAGGAGGAGCAGGAAAAGGAGGCGGAGGGACCCUCCCGUCUCUGUCCCGCUCGCCGCCCCACUCCGCACUGCCGGGCUGUUGUGCGAGAGAGACAUACAGACACAUACACCCUGCGCCCCGUCCCGCCCCUCUCCCCGCAGCCCCGGGAGGCCGGGCCGGGCGCGGUGCCGCCGCCGAUCGCGGCUCCCUGUGUCCGCUGCCUGAGGAAGAGAAGGAGCAGGACGCGGAGGGAGCGCCCCGGCGGGCACCGGCGCAGCCAUGAGCGGCGGGGAGGUGGUCUGCUCGGGCUGGCUUCGAAAGUCCCCGCCGGAGAAGAAGUUGAAACGCUACGUGAGUGCCCUCUCCCACUCGCGGGCCGCGCUCGCCCUUACUCCCUCCCUUCCUCUCUGCCCCUCUUCUCUCCAUCCGGAGCUCCGCGCUCGCCUCCCGCUCCCGCCGGCCCGGCUUCCCCGCGCGAUCUCUCCCCGCCGGGCCCGGGCGAGCCGCCCUCCCGGCCGCCUCCCCGUUCCAGCCGGGACUUCUGCACGCCACGUCCCUUUCUCUUCUCUUCUCUUCUCUUCUCUUCUCUUCUCUUCUCUUCUCUUCUCUUCUCUUCUCUUCUCUUCUCUUCUCUUCUCUUCUCUUCUUUUUCUUUUUCUUUUUUCUUUUUUCUUUUUUCUUUUCGGCGCUGAGCAGUCAGAUGUUUCAGCCCAGCUUUUAUUGCCUUUCCAAGGGAGGGGGCGGAGUUUUCCCUUUUCCCUCUGGGUCCGGGCUCGGUAUAUAUGUAUUUUUAAACGUAAACACUUGCUGGUGCCCGAUGCCAGGGAGGGCGGGGGCAGCCCCGGUUCCGCGCCGCUCCCGGCGGGAUUGCACCCGGGGCUGGUGGCCCGGAGACGGCGGGAACCGGGGAUGCCCCGGGAGAGCUCCCGCUGGGGCGGGGGGAGCUCUGCCCUUGCUCUCCGCACCCGGAAGAAAAGAGGAGGGAGUUGGGAGAAAAGCGCCUGUGUCUUUCCCGAAGUUGUUCCCGCUGUUGCACAGUAGUGGCUGCGCUCGCUGGAGCUGCGGCAGAGCGGACACCGCGCUGCUGGCAAGAAAAUGGAGCGCGUUUGCUGAGUGGGCAGAUUCCAUGACAGGGCACAGCGGAGCUGCGGGGCCGCCGGGGAGGCUGUCAGGUCACGUAGGAGGGAUGGGUGAUGCCAGGAGUCAUCACUGCUGGCUGAGCCCUUUCCCACUGGCACCCGGCUUGUUUCGCGGCAUGGAAGAGAAGGUGGUUUGUGCUUCGGAGCGGCCGCUUAACAGGGGAUCCAGAUGUAUUGGAAUACUACAAAAAUGACCACGCCAAGAAGCCUAUCCGUAUUAUUGACUUAAAUUUGUGUCAACAAGUGGAUGCUGGAUUAACGUUCAACAAAAAGGAGUUUGAAAACAGCUAUAUUUUUGAUAUCAAUACUAUAGAUCGAGUUUUCUAUUUGGUAGCAGACAGCGAGGAGGAGAUGAAUAAGUGGGUUCGAUGUAUCUGUGAUAUCUGUGGGUUCAACCCUACAGAUGAGGAUGCUGUGAAGCCACCAGUUAGUUCUUUACAACCAUCUACUGAGUUACCCUUGCCCAUCAACACUUCACCGCCUUCCAUGCAAGCAGAAUCUUCCCUUCCUUCUCCUUAUCGGCUUAUUAAUGUCCCCCCUCUGGAGUCUUCCUCUGGUCAAGAAGAUCCUCAAGACUACUUACUGCUAAUAAACUGUCAAAGUAAAAAACCUGAACCUAUGAGAUCUCAGGCUGACUCUUCAAAAUCCAGCUCUUCAGAAACAGACUGCAAUGAUAACCUGCCCUCCCACAAAAACCCUGUUGCAUCAGGGAGCAAGCAUGCUGUGAACGGCUUCUUCCCACAGCAGUGCAUCUACGAUUCCCCGCCUUCCCGCUCCGCGCUGACACUGGCAGACUCCAGCCUCUACAACCUGCCUAGGAGUUACUCCCAGGAUGUUUUGCCCAAGGCAGCGUCUCCAUCUGGAACUGAUGCUGAAGGAGAGCAACAUGUUUUCAAUACCCCAUCAGCAAUGUCAUUAGACGCACAGAUGAGGCACAUCUCCAUUAGCUAUGACAUUCCCCCUACACCUGGAGGUACUUAUCAGAUCCCACGAACUUUUCCAGAGGGAACAUUGUCUCAGACUUCAAAACUGGAGACUAUUCCAGACAUCCCUCCACCUCGGCCACCCAAACCUCACCAGGCAGCAGAUCGAUCUCCUGUGGAAACCUGUAGCAUCAGCCGCACUGCUUCAGACACUGACAGCAAUUACUGCAUCCCUGCUGGAGGAGUGCUGCCUUCACGCAGUAACACCAUUUCAACGGGAGACCUGAAUGUCUUCCGGAAAGAAAUUAGUUCUCAAGACUGUUAUGAUAUUCCACGAACGUUUCUGAAUGACAGAUCUAAUUCAUUGGAGGGCUUCCAUAACCACUUUAAAAACAGAAGCAUGUUGACAGUGGGAAGUGUUUCAAGUGAAGAACUAGAUGAAAAUUAUGUCCCAAUGAAUCCCAACUCUCCUCCACGACAGCAUUCCAGCAGCUUCACUGAACCCAUCCAGGAAACAAACUAUGUACCAAUGAUACCUGGCACAUUUGAUUUUCCAUUGUUUGGAAAGCAAGUCCCUCCUCCUGCUCACAUGGGUUUCAGGUCCAGCCCAAAGACCCCUCCCAGACGGUCGGUACCUGCUGCAGAAUGUGAACCACCGCCAGUAGAUCGGAACCUCAAACCAGACAGAAAAGGUCAAAGUCCUAAAAUUUUAAGACCUAAACCACAUGGUUUAGAGCGAACUGAUUCACAAACCAUAGGUGACUUUACUACAAGAAGAAAGGCAAAACCAGCUCCACUAGAAAUAAAACCUCUGCCUGAAUGGGAAGAAUUACAAGCUCCAGUUAGGUCUCCUAUCACCAGAAGCUUUGCACGAGACUCCUCCAGGUUUCCCAUGUCUCCCAGACCGGAUUCAGUUCAUAGCACAACUUCCAGCAGUGACUCACACGACAGUGAAGAGAAUUAUGUAUCCAUGAACCCAAAUCAGUCCACUGAAGACCCAAAUUUGUUUGGAAGCAACAGCCUUGAUGGAGGAAGCAGCCCUAUGGUAAAACCUAAAGGAGAUAAACAAGUGGAAUAUUUAGAUCUGGACUUAGAUUCAGGAAAGUCUACCCCACCUCGUAAGAAAAAGAACAGUGGCUCAGGCAGCAGUGUGGCAGAUGAGAGAGUUGAUUACGUUGUGGUGGACCAGCAGAAAACGCUGGCUCUGAAGAGCACGCGUGAGGCAUGGACUGAUGGCAGACAGUCUUCGGAGUCCGAGACACCCACGAAAAGUGUGAAGUGAAAACACUUCUUUGUCUUUGAAGAAUGGAAAGAAGUGAAUUUUGAAGAAUCACAGAACCACAAUGGCAGUGUUGUUCAGCUGCACAGUACCUGAUUCCCUGGGGUGGGAAUCAGUUCCUCAUUGAAUAGGUUGGAAGCCAAAAAGACACUGAAUGUAUCAAAGGAACUUUUAGAUCAUGAAUUGGCUCUGUGGUGUCCGGAAAAAUCACAGCCUGUAAAUAACCUGUAAAAUAAUAUUACUUAAGUGUCAGAAAACCUUUUGUUCUGUAGUUAACACAUUUGUAGUAUUACUGUGUUUAUGCACUUUUUCAGUUACAAUGUUGGUUCAGGUAUUCACAGUUACUAUACCUUACUGUCUAAUUCAUCUGGAGAAUUCUUUUUUCCUUACACUACAAUUCCUCACAAUUUUAGGUUAAUUAAGCUACAUGUAGAAACGGAAAUUAAUAUUUGAACUUCAUUUUAACAACUCAAAAUUGAUUUUGCAGAAAUACUUUUGCAAUUGAAUAAUCUACUUGAAAUGCCAAGAGACAAGUGUUAGUUACAUACUCGUUUAUAUUUAAUACAUACAAAAUUAUUUGGAAGUCUACAGGUUACCUUCCUAACAAAAAAUAGCUGUGAGUUAAUAAUAAUGAACUGUACUCGGUUUAGACCUAAAAUCCUGCCUUAUAUGUUAGUUGUUAGUGGUGGAACUUCUAUUGUAUUUUAUUAAUGACAGUGUUCUGUGUUCAAUGGGUGAAGAUUCUGCAGGGUGGGAUCUUACACUUUCAAAGACUGAAUAAUUAAAUGUCAAGUAAGCCUGCAAACCACUGAUGGCAUGCAGUAAUAUUGUGAUCUCACACUUAUUAACAAGAAAUAACCUUUAUAUUAUUUACACAAGGUAGAGUAUAUAAAUCAGGUACGUACCAAGCACUGUUGUGCUAAUACACUGAUCAGGUUUAGACAAUGAGCUUUAGUUUUAUACUGUUUAGAAGUUCUAAUGUCAGUUUUCAGUUCAAGAUUAAUGAGACAGUUUGACAUUCACUUUUUGUAGUACUAGCAAAAUACUGUGAUUUUGAAUUAGACAUUAACUCAAAUGGAAAUACUAUGUUUUAACACCAUAGUGCCCUUCUUUUGAGCUCUAUUUUACUUUAAUCUCCUGCUUGGCCUUAUAUUUAAAUCCCUAUGCAACUGAUAUUUUAUAUCUCUGUUUUUAAAAAUUAGAUAAUAUACCUAAAUGAUCCCCUUGUAAACCACUUGUUGCUCUUUCCUGGUACAGGAUUUUAAACUCUAUAUACUGUGAUCCUUUAUUUUACUAUGCCAGUUCCAAGUAAUAAUCUGCCUUGGUUUAGAAACAUUUUUUUGUUAUAUGGAAGAAGAUAGAAUUCUUUAAAUACAUGAAUGAGUUAGGUCUAGAUAGAAUACUUACUAACACUUUUGUUUAAUACAAAUGCCCUCAAUUAAGUGGUUGGUUUCAUUUUCCUGCCCAAUUGGGUUUUUUUUGUCCAGAUCAUUUAAAAAUUGAGCUUAGAGCUGCAUUGUUUUCUGGCAUGUUGGCCUUCAUACUGUGCCUAAUCUACCAUUGGUUGUUUCUCUUCCCUCACAGCCACAAUCUAGUAUGUAAAAUAUCUUCUUCUUAACAAAGGUUCUUUUUAAAUUAGUAAUAUUUUGAUAUUUUGAAUGUUCAUUUUAAAAAAAGAAACUAAACACAGUGAAUUUUGAGGUGGAUUUUAAAUAAAUCAAGUUGUUCUGUUUUGGUGUGUAAACUCUGUCCUACAAAGCAGCAAACGGAUGUCAGUGUGUCUGGGAAGGUGCCUGGAUACCAACCACAUUUUUUCUGUAGAUGUACAGCUAGAACAAUUUUUAACUUGGAUCUCUGAUUUAAAACUCUGUGCCAAGAAGCCAAAUAAUGUGAAUUCCCACUCUUCUGGGAGCCAGGAAAAAAUCAGUCUCCUAAGCCAGCCUCUCUUGCUGAGCUAGUGAUAGGAGAUGGAUUUGCUCUAAGUUUGCUGAUAUCAGUCCUUGAUUUACAGAUUACACUUACUCUUUCUUCAUUUAAAAUUUGGCAGGAUUCACCAGAUUAUUUGUUAUUAUGAUGAGAGAUUUGUUAUUAUGAUGUUAUUAUGUUAUUGUUAUGAGAAUCCACUCUUAAUUUCUAGGCUUUUCCCCUUUCUUUUGUUAAGGAAAACAGGAGUUCCCACACUGUACAGACAGUGUAACAUUUUCUAAGUAUGAGCCUACAAUUUCUCUUUAAGUAGAUUUCUAAGCAGUUUCCUCCCCCAUAUUCCAUUCUUACAUUUUCCAUACUUACAUGCUAUCCAUGGUAUGUUCAGAAUCAGAGGAGUGAUUUUAACUUCUGAUGAUACAUCUCAUUUUCACCUGGGAAGCUGCAGGGGCUUCAUAGUGCAAAUCUGUCUGAGCUCUUGGAUGGUUUAAGGAUAUGAUUAUAAAAUUGAAAAAGUGACUCCUAAAGUUGUAGGUGAUAGAAAGCAAGUGAAACUGAUAUCAGCCCUGUGUCACUUCCAGUUACUAGAAUUGUGAGGACUCUCUAGUUGGAGGCAAGCUGGUGGAAAUUCAAGCAGAUACAGGUGCAGAAGUAGCUUGUCAAUGUUGCUUGUCAAGUGUUCUUUUUUCAAAUAGGUAAGUUUUCUAUUGUUUUGCUCAAACUCUAUGUUACCAGUUGCAGUUACAGUUUUCAUUGUUGUAUGUGUCAUUAUAAAUUGCAAAUAUAUAUAUUCAAUAUGUCUUUUACAAGUAUACAACACCUUGCUCUUAAAAAUCAAAAGAAAACUUGGUGCCUUGUACUCUAAGAUUGACUUGAGAGGUGAUUUGGUAUCAUUCCAUGGUGUGAUCUGAACUUUUCUUUAUCUGCUAAGUACCAAUAGCCACACUUUUACACACUGCGAUAUAAUCACUAUUACCUCAUGAAGUGCAGGUGCAAACACAGCUGCUCUGUUCCACUAGAACUUCGUAAUGUGACAUGGAAAAAGGUGAAAAUGUGGUCAUUAGUCUUUUUCUUUACUAAUAUUUGUAUUUAUGUAAAAAAAUAAUAACAAACCAUUCAUGUAUGACAGUUGUGACAUAGUGCCACACCUAGGGAGUACAGGCAAAUUACAGUAUGGCUGUUUUGAUUAAGUAAUUUAGAAUUUAUUGCUUCUUGUAGCUAAUUAGGGAGUGAUGGGCACCUCUGUAGCUUUUACAGUGCACUAUGAGCCAAGCAAGAUUUUAAUCACAGUGAAAUUUAAGUUUAGCUAUUACUGCAGCAGUAAAUUUGUGUGUGUGUGUAUACAUGUAUAUGCAUAUAUAUGUGUGUAUACACACACACACACACACACACACACACAUAUAUAUAGUACUUUGCAAAAGCACUUUGGAAACUUAGCAGCCCUGGAGAGAGUUCCAUUCCCUCCUUAGCUAUAGAGGUUUGUGUCAUGAAAAGCGAAUGGACAUUUAUUUGCUCAAGGAGAAGGUACUGCCAUACAAUAUCCGUGUGCAAUUUGGACAGCAAUAGUGUCACUUCAUCUGUUGAAAUAUUUUAUACCUGUAGUUCAUAAGAAGCUCAGCACUAUCCACAGGUGAACUUAAAUUUCAAUAUUAUCCUCCAUAUUUCCUAAUCUGAUCUUGAUCUCUGUAUUGCAUCAAACUGCUUCUUAAAUGUUAAUUUCUUGUUGUUUUAUUUCUUGGGAAUAUUAAUAUGGCAAUGACCACAAAAAAGGUGCUUGUCUAGCAAUUAUUGUAAUAAGUGUUCCACAAAAACAUUGUGUUGAUUUGGUGUAGAUGAACCAAAUCAAAGACAAUGAGGUUUCUGGAUUUUGCCCUAACUGAAUGAACACUUUGAGUUCAGCUCUCAGCCUGACAAGGUGCAGAGUAUUAUACAAAGAAAAGGUGUUGAGAGAGUUAUGAACAAUAUCUCUGACAUUUUAAGUUUUCCAGAAUAUGUUUAUGGUUCUGCAGCCCUGAUGUUAAUUUUCAGUAGCAAAAGCGGGAGGAGAACAGGUAGUGGAUGCAUGACCAGCUGAAAGGUUUUUGCUAUCUCGUUCUUAAGUAAAAAGAACUAGACUGUUCUGGUGCCAGUGGUUUUCUUUCUAGAUGGUCUAGAAAAGAUGAUUUUCAUGUUUCAUUUGAAAAGGAUGAUCUGUUUGCUUCAGCUUUUUUAUAAUCCGGUUAGCUGAAGUGUACAGUUGUAUAAUCUGCUCUGCACACACAUAAAAUAUUUAAUUUUAUAUGCUAAAAUGGAAUAGAAUAAAAUCCUGUACAGUUUAGAACAUAAAGCAACAAGUAGGAAAAAUGGAGACUCUCAAAGUUUUCCUGCAAUUAUAAAGCCAGCAAUCAUCAUGAUUCACUCUUGAAAAUUCUCCAGGAUCUCUCAUCAUUGUCAAGCUUUUUCCUAGUAAGUUGUAUCUGCAGCGAAAUAAAAUGUGUGUCACAUUUUCAGAAAGACCAAUCCUAAUAAGAUUUUAAUAAAUGCUCUUUGAGGUCCUGGGUUUAAUGUGUGUGGAGGGGGCUUGCAUAAGGUACCCAGACAGCUUGAUUGUUUUAAUCAGAAGGCCAGAAGAGGAGGAAAAUAUAAAUAUGCCUUAUUUUCCCUGAAUUCGUACCAGACUUUAAAAUAUGUAAGUUUUCAUAUUUUUUUGUGCUUUUUAGGGAAUAUACUUUAGAGGAAGGAUUCGCUACUUGCUUCUGUGCACUUGUGCUGGUUUUUGCACAAUUAUAAACUGUGCAGACUAGCUGAAAGUUUAAGGUUUUUUCCUUUCUAUUUUGUGUUAGAGGUGAAGGAUGCAGACCUAUGAGUUUGAGGAUGCCUCAGACUGGCCUGCUGGUAUACCUCAGAGUCUGGAGUUAAUUGCAUCAAAACAAUGAUUCAACCCUCUGCUGAGGUGAUCUUUAUAGUAAUACCUAUAAAUCAUGGUGUGUAUAUAUUUUUUUUUUGAUUAAUCAUAAUUGAGACCUAAAUGUUGGAAACAAAUUGUGUUCAGAGUUAAGGUCCCUAAUCUCCAGUUAGGCAUAGAGCAGCAUUUGAAAAGGCAUUAUGUGUAACAGGGUUCAAAUUCCGCAGGCACACAGAUCCAUUUACGAUCUUUUGAGGAGCAGAAUUUCAUAUUCAAGGCACCGCUGUCCUCUUUAAGUAAGUGAAAGUUCCAAGAACUUUUUCAAAAUCGAAUUUCUACUCAAUUAUGUGAAUGUAAGUUUAGGAAUUGAAUUUGAAAAACACACCUUGUGUUAUAACUAUGGGGUUUUUCCUCCAUAAAUGAAAGAAGUGAUGAUUCUUUAGAUAUUUUUGCCUUUAGUUCUAUUCACUGACAGCCCAAUAUGAGGAAGCACAAAAUAGACUUGGCCCUUGAACUUUUUAAAAAGAUGGAAAAAAGGAGCCACCCAGGACCAGGAUUUAGCCUCUGAUCUCCUUAUACACUGUAUGGUGCAGCUGCCCCCAAUUCCAGUGCUCAGUUUAGGAGUUGGGACACAGAUCCUGUGGCCAGUAUCAGGGAAGUACCAACAAGCUCUGAAAAAAUGGUUUGCUUAAAAACAAUAUCAAGAGUUCCAGCAAAACUUUAGUUUUGGAGAGGGCUGGUGGGUUUGUUUCCUCUGUGUAAAAUGAAUAGGAUAAUAUUUAGGAUUGUGAUGCAAGUAUACUCAGUACCACCCUUUGGGAGCUAUGCUGUAUCUCAAUAUGAAUAUUAUUGUUCACCCUAUUUUUGGGUAUCUGUGGUCUGUAUUUUUGUACAGCAUUUGGUAUACUAGGAUAAGGGCUGUCUUUAAAGUCUGGGAUCAAGAAUCAGAAAACGUUGGCUCCCAACAACGUUUUAAGGUUAAGGAUAAAUUUCCAAUGGAUAGUUCUAAGAUCCUGAGAUUUUCCUUUAGUAGGUGCAUUGUGUAUAAGGAUGGAAACUUGAAAUUAAGCAAGCAGUUAUUGUUCUGUAAAUAGGAUGUUGUUCUGUUUUCAAAAAAGCCCAAACAAAACUUUUUUAAAAAAUAAAUUAUUUAAAAUUAUCCAUUCUGCACACACAAUGUCAGACUUUUCUCUUAGUAGUUUUUACCUCCCCUGCAUCAUAAUGAUCUGAAUAAAUGCUGUUACAUUUUCUCCAGGACACAUAGUUCUUUGGUGAAGUCUUACUUUGAUUUCCUGUGUAUUUCUGACAUGAAUUUUCCCCCAACUAUUCUCUUUAAUUAAAGGAGGGUUGAAAACCAAUUUACUUUUAUAAAAGCUGCUCUGUUUUUUGUGAGUGAGCAGAAGAUUUUUUUUAAUGUAGCAAAUCUCUGUUAUGAUUCAGAAUAGUCACUACUGCAGAAAGGAAUUCAGAUGAUGUAUACAAAGCAGUAACUCCAAAGCAGUGAUGAUAGGCUAAUACAAAAAGCAUAUUCAUGUCUAAAACCAAAGGCUCAGGAAAUACAUGUGGCACAAAACAACACAAUCCACAGCACACAUGAGGGUUCAUCAUUUUUCCAAUAAAAGCUGUUUUGGAAGCCCCUGUAUGUCCUAUCUAUUCUGAUACUAUAGUUACAGGUAAGUAGAUAUUUAUCAAUGUUAAGUGUCAAAGUGUUUUGCAAAGUCUUUCAUGACUAUUUAAGUAUCUAAACACUAUGGGGAAAACUGGCCUAGAUGACAACUGAGUGGAAACACAGCAGCAUAAGAAAAGCAAGGUAACCAUGAAAAUCCGAUUAAGAUACCAUGGCAGAGGCAUCAAUGUAUGAAAUUUGAGUGUAGAGGCAGAUGGAUACUUGUGUAUAUGUGGAAUUCACGUGGAACUAUUACUGAAGGGAUAAAACUGCCCAUGUAGUUAAAACAGAAAAAUUAAAGUAUUAUGUCUUCCUUAAAAAAAACUCUUCUUCAGAUUUAUCCCUAUCUUUCACUGAAGGUCUGUAUCCAACUUCUUAAAGUCCUUUUUUGCUCUAAGAAUAACAGCAGCAGGAGGAAAUCUUGAUGGUAUCAAAGGUCUUUCCCAACCUAGUUAAUUCUGUGAUUCUGUAAGUCAGAUGGCUUAACUGCUGUGCUAAUACGUGGAGGUAAGUUUUCCAAAAGAGUCUUUCCUUGCCCUGUCUCACUCUGGUUGCAGUACUGUAAGGUGAGGAGUGAGCUUCAUGAAAGGAAACAGGGCAGAACCUGGUUGCUGAGAGGGAGGAGAACCCAGAGUUUUGAAAAGGAUCUGUGUGUGUAAUAAAGUGUUUGUGCAUUACUUUUUAUACUAAAAUGUAUUUUACAUAUUGAAAAAAUAUAUAUGUUUGCCUUUUGGUGGAGCCUUUUCAGUCAUAGCAGCAAAGAAAUAAAAUCUAAGAGCAUUUUAUUAAUGCUGGGUUUUUUUCUGUGAAAGUGCUGCUUGUUACAGAAUCUCCAUUCUUCAAGGAUUUCUGUAAUGAGUAUUAGCAGCUGACUCCAUAUGGGGUCAUUUAUUUUUGCAUGGGUAAAUUUUAUUGAUCAAAGGGCCUGUAUUAAGAUGGA